UGUGAUUUUCCCCGUGCCCUCACCCCUUAAUUUCACGUCUGUCAAAUGGUCGUGGAUUCUCGGAAGAUGUGAGGUUUCGGACAAGUAGGCACGUAAAGAAAAUAGUUUCGGAAGCUAUCGCAUAAUGCUCUUGCAUUCAAAAUACAUCACGGCCGCCGAUGAUCCGAUAUAUUUACGGUAACGACAAGGAAGUAUUCGACGGGGAAAGGAGCGAAGUGAUCUUGGAAGGUGCGUGCAGCAAUGGCCACGACAGACGGUGUCACGAUAGAAGACCUCCGGAUCGAGAUCGAGAGGCUUUCACGGGAAUUAGAUCUAGCUUCUACGGAGAAAAUACAGUCCGCUCAGUACGGUCUUGCUUUACUCGAAGAAAAAUCGGCCCUACAACAAAGAUGCAACGAUCUCGAGGCCCUCUACGAAAACACGAAACACGAGUUGGAAAUCACACAAGAGGCUCUAGCAAAGUUUCAGACAACUACGAAAUUGACUACAAAAAGUGGUAUAGAACAAGAAGAGAGUCUCCUUAGUGAAAGUGCUGCACGAGAAACAUCUCUGCAAACACAGAUUAUUGAAUUAGAAAAUGAAACGAAGCAACUACGUCAUGAAUUGGACAGAGUACAAGCUGAACGCGAUCAUGCUCUCAUUGAACGAGAAGAAGUUGGUAAAGAUCACCAGCAAGCAGAGACAGAAAGAAAGUCCUUACGUACUAUGCUGCGUGAAUGUAGAUUUCGUGAAGCUCGGCUUCUUCAAGAUUAUUCAGAACUGGAAGACGAGAAUAUUUCACUACAGAAGCAGGUGUCUGGUCUACGAUCCAGUCAAGUGGAAUUUGAAGGUGCCAAACAUGAAAUAAGAAGACUAACGGAAGAAGUGGAACUCUUGAAUAGUCAAGUUGAAGAAUUAACAAAUUUGAAAAAAAUUGCUGAGAAGCAAAUGGAAGAGGCACUUGAAUCCUUGCAAGCUGAACGCGAAGCAAAAUAUGCUCUUAAGAAAGAACUUGAUCAGAGAAUUAAUAGCGAAUCCAUUUACAAUCUUAGUAACCUUGCACUUUCAAUUAGAGGAAUAACAGAAGAUCAAACAAUAUGUAGUGAUGGAGAAGAUGAUUCUCCAGCAUUACGUAGGAUUGAAGCAGAUCUAAAGACUCAGGAACCAGGUACUUCAGCUACUGACAAACAAGUUGAUUUGUUCUCUGAAAUCCAUCUGAAUGAACUAAAGAAAUUAGAAAAGCAAUUAGAAUUAGCUGAGUCUGAAAAGGCUCAUCUUACUCAAAACUUACGGGAAUCACAGUAUGCAGUUGAAAAAAGUCAGAACGAGCUACAAUCUUUUGUUGCACGGAUAGUGCAAUUAGCAGCCCAUGUGCAAUCAUUACAUCACCUUCAUUCCAAAUUGCCCGAGAAACAAACUGAAGAAGCAACAUUGGAUAAGUUGAAUCAAGCCAUCAUGCAGUAUCAUCAAUGGAGUACCAUGUCUGCACGUGAAGUGAAUCAGCUUCAAAAAGAUUUGGCUGAAUUAGAAAACGGUUUAACCAUAUCUGAUUCAACACAACAAUUACGUACAGAACUGACGAACCUUAGAAAUAAGCUUUUAGAUACAGAACAAAGGAGCAUACAACUUGAAUCUGAUAUUGCUACUCUAUCCAAACUUGCGGUGGAAGCUGGUGGUUUCCUCGACUCCGCGCAGAAUGACUUGCAGAAUAUAUCUGACGAGCUUGCUCAAUUGUACCAUCAUGUUUGCACGGUUAACGGAGAGAUUCCGUCACGCGUGGUUCUUGAUCACGAAAAGAUUGUCCCCGAAAAGGAAGAAGGGAAUGAGAAGAUAGAAUGGUGCAGAACCUCGUUUAAGACCGAUAUUCAAAUUAAGGAUUUAGAAAGUUUGAGCAAAGCUAAGGAAAUUGCGAAGCAUAUAGAAACAGCCAUGGAUCAAAUUAAACAUCUCAGAAGCGCCGUUGAACAUACAAUUGAACUCUCUAAAGUUAAGGGAAUACAAUCAAAUGUUUGCAACGUGUGCGAGGGAUCUGUAAAUGAGAACAAGGCGGAAGUAGCGGACCUACAGGAGCAAGUGAUUAGGUUGAAGGCCUUACUGUCAGCUAAACGCGAACAGAUCGCAACUUUGAGAACAGUGCUCAAGUCAAACAAGAACACAGCAGAAGUGGCACUUACAAACUUGAAGAGCAAAUACGAAAACGAGAAGAGUAUUGUUAACGAAACCAUGUUGAAACUGAGAAAUGAGCUUAGAAUGUUGAAGGAGAACGCUGCAACAUUCUCAAGUCUGCGUGCAAUGUUCGCCGCACGCUGCGAAGAAUACGUAACGCAGGUCGACGAGCUCCAGCGUCAGCUCGCCGCGGCCGAGGACGACCGGAAAACGUUGAAUCAACUGCUGCGGCUCGCGGUGCAGCAAAAGCUCGGUCUGACGAUGAAGCUCGAGGAACUGGAGGUGGAUCGGGAGUUGCGAAACACACGGCGACACGCGGCCAGUGCGAACGGACGAGGUAGACAGCGAUUGUCGCAACAGACGAACCGUCCCCACUUAGGCAGAGAUUUCUUCUAGAAAAUGAUGAAGAUGUGGAGCAAGAUAUUUUGAGGAAAACGAGGAUUUUGAACCUUUCAAGUACUUUUUCUUCUUUUUCACUGCUCGCCGUCAAAAACAACGCGGCGUAUCCGAAAGUUGGAUUAGUUCCUCUUCUCUGGGGGUUAUUUUAUACAAGAGAGGUUAGGAUACCGUCGAUUCAGCGUCGAACGCGUGUACUACUUUCUCGAACGGUUUUUUGCACAGAUUUUCCGUAGAAACUGAUAGAAAACGAAGUAGAGAUUGUAUUGAAACCGUUUCUCUCGUACCACACCGUCACGAUACGAUGAAAUUUUUGCAAAAUUCCGGACAGAUCAACGACCAUUUUUAAUGGGAUUGAAAGACAGCAACAGCUCUGUUUCUCCUCGUUUGUAAGGGAUAGUUUUUUGUAUUGAACCGUAAGAACGCGGAGAGCAGAACGUGUAGAAAGCUUUGAAAUGUUCAUAUUUUCUUGCACCGACGUUGCUCCAUAUCGUAGGGACUUUUAGGAAGCUCUGCCUUCUGUUACCAAUGUUGUUAGUAGAGAUGCCCG